CAUGAUUUACGCUUUACUUCAUUAUCUAACCGUUGGAUCAUGUUCGUUCCCAGUCACACUCACUCUCCUUUCCUCUCUCUCUCUCUCUAGCUUUUAUACUUUUCUGAUCUUCACUUUGCUGAUGGACUCUCAAGUGGUAUCUUCUGUGUAUCUUCUUCUCCUUCUUCACCGGUUCUGCAUUCUUCUCUCUUAAUUACCCUGUUUGAGGAAGUCUAUGUCGGUCCUUAAGCGGGAUUGAAUGUGAAUCCAAAGUUACUAUCUAAAUGGAAUGUGCUACUUCGUCUCAACCAUUGCGUACUCCAGUGAAACAAUGCCUGGAGACUCGUUCUGGUGGUGUUGAGCCAGAGCUUGUCAAGUAUAUGUCCAAGCUACCUGUUUUCUUGGAGAGAGCUGAUACCACCCCUCAGGAGAAUCUCUUGAGCGUCGGUGUUCUUCCCUGGAGCCGCUUGGAGAAUUGGCACCUUAGUCAUAAUAACCGGAUGCUGAUGAUGCCAGUCAAGAAUAGGUUUCCUUCUUCAUUGGUUCCGCCGCCUAGUGAUAAAUCCUCUGCUGGAGCGAGGAUUGUGCAUCAGAGGAGACACCGUAGCUCGCGGCAGACAAAGAAACCUAAAGACCAUAGAGGAGGUCUCAGCGUACCAGAUGAGCAGCAGCUGGUUCUGAACACUAAUGCACAAGAUGGAUUUGAGAAGAAGGUUCCUAAAGGGAAGAUCUGCCCCAGAACUGUAAUCUCUAUGGCUAAUAUUAGUAGAAACAAGAAGAGUGAAAAGAAGCAAGAGGAAACCAAGCUCUAUCACUCAACUAAGAAGCUGUCUCUAAAAGAGGCUAAGACCUCCAAGAAGAGUUCAACUGUUGUUGAAGUCGAUUACUCUACUCAACAUUCUUGCCCCUUGCCAUGUAAAUUAGCUGCUGAUGAUGGCUGUGAAAAAGAAACAAGCCAUUUAAGAAGGUUUAUAGAACCUCUGCUGAAGCCAAGAGCAACUCACUCUUCUGGCGUUCAAAGAAAAAAACUGGGUAUCACCGGUUGCAAAACAGUAAAUGUGAAUGAUUCAGCUCACGAGAAGAAGAAUGUUCGAGCUGUUCUGCAUGCAACAGUUAAGAACAACCAGCCACUCUUUACAUUUACAGUGAACAAAGAAACAAACAUUAUUGCAGCCACACAAAAGAAAACGGGAAGCUCGGACGAGGGUGAAUGCAUUAGUGUUUACACGUUCUUCUCUGUCAAAGACUAUAAGAGAAACAGCUCAUGGUUAAACCAAAGAGGCAGAGGCCAAACGCAUGGUGUUAUCAUCUCUAACGUUGUUGCUCAGAUGCGGGUCUCCUCGAGCUCUUCUUUGCCAUCCUCUGGUUCCAUCAGAGAGUUUGUUCUCUUCUCUGUGGAGCUUGAUCAAGAGAGCGUGGGAAAGUCUGAUCUGCAGCUGAAAAACGAGCUAGCCGCGAUCAUUGUGAAGAGGGCAUCACUAAAUCGCAAUGCAGUAAAUAAAGAGGUUGAAGAAGAUAACAUCAAAGACAUUAGUGCUACGGUCAUACUUCAAAGCGGUGUUCAUAGUAUGCCUCAUAAAGGAGGAGGGCCGUCGUCUUUGAUACAGAGAUGGAGAACAGGUGGGUCUUGCGAUUGUGGAGGUUGGGAUAUGGGCUGCAACCUCAGGAUUCUUACAAAUCAGCACUGCAAGAAUUCAACAACUUCAAACUCAUUCGAGCUUUUCUUUUUGGGAGAACAAGCAGCAGAGUAUCCAUUUUUGUGCUAUGAACCACUCAAGGAAGGGAUAUAUUCAGUUGUGUAUGAUUCAUCCCUUUCACAACUACAAGCUUUCUCUAUAUGUAUGGCACUUGCUGAGAGUAGGAAAAUGUCAGAGAUCACCCUUGAUCGAUCACAAAAGCUCUUGUGAUGAACAUAAAGCUAGAGUGGAAAGUGUGUUAGUCCCGGACCAAAUGUUUAAAUCCUAAUGGCAACUAUCACCUGUUGGGCGGGUCUGAAGUUUAUAUUAUUACUUCAAACCCAAAUUUUUACUUACAGGUUAGUGUUAAGCCUAGUGUAAGUCAGUUGCAGGAAAUAAGAAAGCAGCAAGAUCUUUUAAAGUAGCUAGUUUAAAUGGUGUAUCCAAAAGAUAAAUGAUCUUCCCAACUCUUUAAGUGUGAAUAUUUUAUAUCUUAUUCUCUAUGUAUGUAUAAUGUUGGUCUA